AUGCCGUAUUAUCCCACUGGAAAGGAUCGCGAUUCAUAUAUUUCAGGUAUUCGCCCUGGAUGUAGAUUUGGGGCUCUACACGAUGUGAAUAAGAGGCGGGACAACCUGCCAGAACAUGUGUUUGCUACUAUUCGUGAUCAAGUUAUUAAUGAAGAGCGAGUACGAUUAGUGGAUGAGGAAUCUCGAGCUCUCGUACGGUUACAAUUGGCAUCUGGACAACAUGGGAAACGUAUGGCAGGAGGAGCUACAGGUGAUGAACAGCGAGAGAUGAAACGUAUGGAAAAUAUUGAGUCUAUUUCCGCUAGAUACCGUGCAUUAUUAGAAUUAUACUCACAAGAGAUGGAACAAUGGAAGGCAGAGUUGGCAUUGCGUGGUUUGACCGUACAAAUGUAG